UUGGUUUUAUAAAUCUUUGGAAUUUUGCCCUAAUUAGGCAUAGAUUAUCAUAUUAUGAUACUGAAUGUGUAACUGGAAUAUGACCCAUCGGUAAGAUGCUAUUAUGGUCAUUAAAUUUUAUAUAUGUUACACGAUUUGUAAUAUUAUUCAAAUAGUCUGUUAUCGAAAUGUUUCGUUAAAUUCUCUGAAUUUCUUCCCAAAUAACGGGAUGCUGUACAAUAAUCCACAAUACAACUUAACGUGCCCAGUUUCUGUAGAUUCUACCACAAAAACCAUACAAAAAUCAAAUUUAAAUAAGUAUAAGUUAUUAGAUAAAAUCGAAGGAACAGAAGAUUUAAAAAAACUGCCCGAAGAAUUGUUGCCAGAAUUGUGUAAUGAGAUACGUCUUUAUUUGGGUGAGGUUAUUUCCAAGGUAGGAGGUCAUUUUUCAGGCUCUCUCGGUGUAACUGAGCUUACCGUGGCCCUUCACUAUGUGUUUGACUCUCCCUUUGAUAAAAUUGUUUGGGAUAUUGGCCACCAAGCAUACGUUCAUAAGAUCUUAACUGGGAGAAAAGAUAAACUACAUACGAUUAAACGAAAAGGUGGUUUAUCUGCCUUCUGCAGACGUUAUGAGAGUAUUCAUGAUAUAUUUGGUGCAGGCCACUCUUCGACUUCAAUAUCGUCUUUGCAGGGUUUACUAGAAGGGUUUUUACUACUACGGAAUAAUGAUCCUGAAAAUCAACUAAAUAGUGUAAGACCAAAUUAUAUAAGUGUAAUUGGAGAUGGAGGAAUGACUGGUGGUAUGGCAUAUGAGAGUCUAAAUUACGCAAUAAAUAUAAAAAGCCCAGUGAUAGUUAUAUAUAAUGAUAAUGAUCAGGUUUCUCUGCCAACAGGCAUGAAAUCUAUCGUAGGAGUUAAGCCAAUCGUGCCAUUUUUCAUGCAAAACUCCUCAAAUAAACCUGUUAGACCAGUAGUGGAUUCUAUUAACGAGUUAUUUACCAACUUAAAUCAAUCCAGUGAGGAAGGAAUCCAGUAUAAUAAUGGGUUAAAUAUCAUUGGACCCAUAGACGGUCAUAAUUUAAAUGAUUUGUUAUAUCUAUUCAAACUUAUCAAAUUUUCUAACACAGUUCCUGAUAGAACUAUAAAGAUCAUGGAUAAGGAAAUACAUGGACCGUUAAUGAUACACAUUAAGACAAUUAAAGGCUAUUGUUGUCCAGAAGCAUUAGGUCAACUGGAUAAAAUGCACGCAAUUAAACCGAAUACUAACCUUACUAUUGUAAAUCCAACUACAAGCCCAUUCAGUAACAACUUAAAUAGAUCUUAUAGCUUACAGCUAGACAACAUUGCAGUUCAGAACCAGGAGUUAACUGACACACCUACCACCAUUUUAGUAGAUAAGGAGGCCAUAAGAAAUAAAUUGGGGUAUAACAAAUUUGACGAAGGAACAUUUAGUAAUGUAUUCAGUAAUACCUUAAUAAUGAUGGGAAUUAUGGAUGAAAAGGUGGCUGGGAUAACAGCAGCAAUGCCAGGUGGGACUGGAAUUGGAGAGUUUGGAGAUUGUUUUCCUAAUCGAACAUUUGAUGUUGGGAUAUGCGAACAGCAUGCAGUGACAUUUUCAGCAGGUUUAGCUUUAUCAGGAGUUAAACCUUACGUCGCAAUAUACUCGACAUUUCUGCAACGUGCUCUGGACCAGGUGAUUCACGAUGUGGCAAUACAGAAUAUACCAAUAAGACUCAUCGUAGACCGUGCAGGAUACGUUGGAGAAGAUGGACUUUCUCAUCACGGACCCUAUGACCUAAACUUCCUGAGACCGCUAAAGAACUUUGUCAUCUCAUCGCCCAGUAAUCAAGUUGAACUUGUUCUAUCCCUACUCUCAUCCCUGAAUACUGAUACGCCCUAUGUUGUAAGAUACCCAAAGAGUAAAGUUAUUGAUAAAAAUCUGUUAAAUCAGUUCUAUAGUGAAGAUUUGUAUGAUUAUGUUAAGUUUUACAAGUUUUCUGAUGAGAAAUUCGGGAGUAAUUUUGAAUUUGAUACUGAAUUAAACUACGUAAAAAAAUAUAAAAGUAAGGUAGUAAGAAGAGGAAGAGAUGUUGUAAUAUAUACAUUGGGUCCUAUAUUGUAUAGCGUCGUUGAGGCUGUUGACAAGAUAGGUGGAAAUUUUAGUCCUACAAUAGUGGAUGCUCGCUUUUUGAACCCAUUUGACAUUGAGACUUUUAGUGAAUUAGCUAAGGAUCACAAGUACGUAAUCACAGCAGAGGAUAGUGUUAACGGAGGCUUGGGUCUAACUAUCAUUGAACAUUUGCAGAAAAAUAAUCAAUUGCACAAUUUUAAGGUUAAAUGUAUCAAUUAUCCUUACGAGUAUGUACACCACGCAACCAUACAAGAACAAAAGCAAAUUGCUAAUAUUGAUGCCAAAGGCAUUCAAAGACAAAUUGAGGAAUUUCUCAAAAGCGAUUAAUGUUUUACAUUAAUUCCA